AUGUGGGCAAAUGUAUUGGCUAUUCUUUUUUUAUUUCGUCAUUAUGGUGUUGGCUUGAAUAUUGUCUCCGAAGAAGAUACAACAGGAUUAAAUAUACGAUUUAAACAAGCAAUAAACGAUGUUAUUAAAAAAAUAGAUAAUCUUGCUAUGAUGUGUCCACCGGGAAGUUUUUUCUACAAUGGCUCUUGUUAUUUUUAUUUACCACCAAAACAGAUUGAUGAUAAUACCAAAGGAAUUCGAUUUAAUGAUGUAUCUGUGGAUGAAGCUGCUGCUCGUUGUCGCCUAUUACGUGCUAAACUCUGGGAUAUUGAAACAAUUGAUGAAUUUUCAUUUGUUCUCAAUCGAAUUUAUACAGAAACUCAAUCAUACGAUAGUCCUCGUAUUGCCAUUAAUUUUACACAAGGCAGACGUCUGUUAAAUUUACGGAAAAAAAUCAAUGAACAACAAUAUUUAUUCAUUAGCAAUAUAAAUCAAUAUUCAUUAAUUUAUAAACCAUUGAUUAGUCUACCAGCAAAAAAUACCUGUUUAAUUGUUGAUAUCAGUAAAGCAACAAGGCUUGUAUCAUUGGAAGAAAAAUUUCGUUUAGAACGACGAAGUGACCAUUACAUAUGUAAAAUGAGAAUUGAUAGUUGCUAUAAUAAUACACGCUGUGGUCACAAUGGCAAAUGUAAAAAUUUAAUAUCGGAAUACAAAUGUAUGUGUAAUUUUAUGCAUACUGGCGAGCACUGUGAGAAAUUGAGCAGCCGUGGUGUACAAUCGAUUAUUGGUUUUAUUCUCAUUUGUUUAGCAAGUUUAAUACUACUAUUUCUACCUAUAUUUCAUUUAUUGUAUCAAUUAAAAGAUAAAAGAAAAAAUUCAAUGCAGCCAAAAACUUCUUCACGAGCAAAUUUCUAUUCAAUACCAAACUUAUCUUCGGAUGAAUUAUUAAAACAAGCUGAUUUAACAACAUCAUUAUCAUCAUCACCGCCGCACAUUAUUGUUGAUUUUCGUCGUUUAUCAAUUAGUUCUUCAACAUCAUCGGCGAUUUUCUUUCGCCACAGUUACUUGUAUUAUCUAUGGCGUUUGUUUAUUUGUUUAAUAACAAUUACAUUUGCAACAUUUUGUUGUUAUACAAUUUAUGAAUUUAAAAGCGAAAAUUUAAAAUUAAUAAAUAUAACAAAUGAGAAAAUUUCAUCGUCGAAUAUGUGCAGUUUUUUUCUAUCAAAUCUAAAUUUAUAUUAUAAAAUUCCUGUUAAUUACAUAUCAUUUAUUAUUUUAUCUAUUUUAAUAUUAAGUUUAAUUUUUUUUGAAAAUUUUUCAAAAAAACAUAAAUUUAAAUCGUGUUUGAAAAACUUUUCAUUACCGAUGGUAUUCAAUUCGCAUUCAAAUAUAUAUCGAUUUGAAUCGGCAGCUGUUUUUGGCAUAAUAUCAUUGGAAAUUUUACAUAUAUUCGAUGAAUUCAUUAUUAAUGGUGCAAAACAUUUUCAAUACGGACCAUUAGUCGAUCUACUUGUACAGUUUGGCAUUGGUCUUAUGUUAGGCUUAAGAUAUUUUCCCGUGCUAGCAAUAUUUGAACAGGAAAAUAAUUAUGAAAAUCGUCUAGCAAAUAUUAUUUGUUAUGCUUUGGCGUCGAUAUAUCUUUAUUGUGAAAUUGUAUUUAAAUUACAAUCGGACAUUAAUUGUAUGAUUGAUAAAGAUAAAUUAUCGAUGAUUAAACAGAUAUUUUCAAAAUUUAAUGGUAUGGGAAUUAAUAUUCAACAAUAUUUAAUGAUAAAAUUAGGUACUAAUCGAACGGCUCAAUUAAAUCAAACCUCCGAAGGUGUUCAAUCGUGGUUUGAUGAACAGAUUAAAAAACAACUAAUUAAUUCGACCUAUGAUGAUUCUAGCGACGUAGAAAAUGAUUUAACCCGUUUGAAUAAUUCAUUAGAACUGAAUAAACAAAGUAUUUUAUACAAUACAUUAAGAUACGCACCAUUUUAUUAUUUCAUGGUAUUUUUGGCUGUUCGUUUGACAGUCAUGUUUUUAAAUACAUUUCGAAAGACAAUAAAUAAAAAGCCAUGCUCGUUCAAAUCAUCACCACGUUGGAAAUAUGUUAAAUACAAUUUAUUAAAAUCCGACAAAAUUUUACAUGAAAAUAUUCUACAAGAAUAUUCACGUUUAUUUCGUUUUUUAAAUUAUAUAAUAAUAACUUUUAAACAACAUGUCUAUUGCAUACGUCCUUAUUUUCGUUAUUCAAAAUUAAUUGUCUGUAUAUAUACAAGUGCAUUCACCCUUAUUUAUUAUUUUACAUUUUGGAUCCAAGAUCAUACAUAUAUGUUAACAAAAAAAUUAUUAUUAUUUCUUAAUUUAAUCCUAUGUGCUUUAGCUGAUCUAUCAAAUGACUUGUGUUACAAUUUAGAUGUUAACAAUAUUCAUCGUCAUAUUAAAUAUAUUUGCUUAUUUACAGCAUUUAUAAUAUGUUUGCAAUUAUUUUUCGGUUUAAAACAUUAUCAAAUACAAAUGUGUAAUGCCUAUAAAGGAAUAUUUAACGAUAUUCCAACGCCAAAACAAAUCUCAUCGAUUACCAUUGUUAGUAAAUCAAUGCAUUAUCCAGGACGUUUUAUGGGUAUGUAUAAGGUUUAA